UUAGGGUGAAGGCACAACCGAGGCAUUCAAAAGGUCGUGCUCUUUUGCGUCUCAACCACAAUCAUUCAAUCCAUGUUGCUGUUGGUUUCAACCUUGGGCUUCCUCCAACAAGCAUGCUGCCUACCUCGGUAUAGCUAGCUACCUUAAGCGAGACGAUGGGCUUCGACUUGACGCAAGUGUUAUCGGACGACAAGCAUUACGGUGCUUUUGUCUGCAAGCUCUGCGAAAGUCUCGUCUCUUUGGAUGCCGUCGUGACAGUUCCCUGCUCGCAUCCCUUUUGCAGGUCUUGUUUGAUGGAUUGGAUUAAGAAGCAAAUCGACAAUCAGAAGCCAUGCGUGUGUCCGAGAUGCGAACAAGACCUGACCGCUGAUAGCGGGAGCUCAGCAAUACGAAGUAAUCUACUCAAAUUUGGUGACAUUUCCGUCAUGGUGCAGCCUCUUGGAGAAGCUCAACCCUUGGCUCUGGAAGUGCUUAAGAUGGUGCAAGUAGCGUGUAUAGCUCCCGAUGAACACAGCAAAUCAUGCGAGUGGCGCGGAGACUAUGGAAAUUGGCCUCGGCAUCACCAGAAACACGCCAAUGGCGAAAAUGGGCAACCGCCGAUGAACCAUGUGACACGCAGUUUGUCGGUGCCAUCCCUCUUCAACAAUAAUAGCAAGUCCGGUAGACCCUCCAUCGUAGCUCCGGAUCAGGAAAUCAAUGGUCCCUUUGGUGGUGACAAUGGCAGUCAAAAGCCACCGCCCACCCCUGCUGAUGUAAUGGAGCGGCAACACAGAUCAGCCAGUAACUUGAGAGCAGAUUUCAAUACCCCCACGACCGCUUCCGCCGCGAGACAAGAUUCGGCAGAUCCUCCAGAAUCAAUACAAUCGCCACAAGAACUGGAGGUAUCCUACACGGAUAUGGACUGGAAUUCUUCCGUGGGUAGUAUACCACGCAACAAUUUAUCCCCGAGGAAAACCUUCAAACCGGUCACCACUGUAGACGAAACUAAUUCUGAGUUGGGCUCACCAACCAUCAACAACGGAGAGGAACAAUCCAGAACAGCGCCGCCAGAGAAUAUGGGCCAAGAAGCCACGGAAGCAAUUGCGACGAGUGAAAAGCUGAAGAAACAGGCAAACGCAAAGUUCAACAAAGGGGAUUUUGAGGGAGCCAGAAACUUGUACACGGAGGGACUGAACGUAAUCACUGGGAUCAUCACUGUUGGACAUGAAGAGCGUCAGCUUGUCGCUACGCUCUAUUCAAAUCGUGCUGUGACAUAUUUCAGAGAGAAAGAUUUCCAAAAGUGCAUAGAUGAUUGUGACAAAGCCCUCGAAUAUGAACCGACCAACGAGAAGUCAUACAUUCGAAAGUGGCGAGCGCUUAUGGCACUUGGUAUCUUUGAAGCGGCAUUGGACUGUCUUGAGCAGGCGCACAAGGAAAUACCAACGUCGCCACGAGUGAAACAAGAACUCGCCAAAGCCAGAGAACAAAAAGAAGUUUUGCAGGUUGUCAAUGCAAUGAUUGAUGGAGGUAACCUCGAAAAGGCCAAAGAAACCAUCAAGCCAUUGGCAAAAGAAUCUGACAACAUUGGUUUGCUGCUAGUGGCCGCCAUGGCAGACGCUGGACUUGGAUUGACCGAGUCGGCAUUAGACAAAGUCAAUAAAGCGUUGCGCUUCAACCCAAAUCAUGUGGAAGCUCUGCAGUUGAGAGGCCUUGUUCUAUUUCUCUCUGGUGAAAUGGAAAAGGGUGUACGGCUUCUCCAAGAACUCCAAAACAGAAACCCUGGCAAUGCCGAAAUUCAAUUGAAAGUAGAACAAUGUGACAGGACAUUAAAUGCGUUUUCGAAAGGCCGUGGCUAUGCAAAACGAGGUCGAUACAAGGAAGCCGUGGAACAAUUCACAGAUGCAAUGGACGAAAGAGCACUGCCGCUCCCAACUGGCACGGCUUUGUACUGUUUGAUAAAAAUGGAACGAGCCGAGGCGCUGCUCCUUUCGAAACACUACACCGAAGCCUUGAGAGAUUGCAAAGACGCGUUGGAGUCAGAGCCAGAGAAUGCGGAGGCAUGGGCACUAAAAGCAGAAAUAUACAUGUGCUUGGGGAGAGCAGGAGAGGCGAAACAGGAGCUUGCGGAGGUGCGUCACACGUGGGGGCAUGACAAUAUGGUCAUCGACGAAGCCUACCGUAAAGCAAAUUUCGAGAUGAAAGUAAGGAGGGUCGAUGAUGAGCUGAUGCAACUGAUUAAUGAUGUGGAAGCUGGUAUCCCCGAGAAGGUCAUCAUCGAUGGCAGAGUAGACGGCUCUCGAGAACAGCGAUCGUCUGGCAUGCAUCAAUCUGAAAAGCGUUAUGGCAGUAGCGAUAGGAGAUCCCAGAUGGACAAAAAGGCUAAGAGCUACAGGUCGCUCAACAAAACGAGUGAGAGAAAUCUGAAAGCUGACAGGAAUCGCAAAGAUAGCAAGGCAGAUCGGCGGAGUAGACGGGACCGAGAUAGAGUGCGAUCGGGCGCAGCGACAGAGGGCAGCAGCCGUACUCAUGGGAGUACUAGGACAAUGAAUACAAAUGCCACGGGCGUCAGCGGCCGAACACUGGGCACUAAAGGCACGAACGGCGCUAGUCACAGAGCAAAACGGAGUGGUGCUGGUCGCAAGAAGUCAAGCCGAGCGUUAAAAGUAGAGAAAUGAACAUGGCAGAACGAACCACUACGCAAAGCUUCAACGACAUGUUCCCGGCUUCUUUCCCAACUGAUGGAUUGGGAGGCUUCACGACGAAGCUCAACCACUCCCGGCCCGGCCAGAUGGAAUCGAAUCACUCACGAAGAAGGACCACUGCCUCGAAACGAGUAUCCCGGCUCCAGGGACUCCAGAAUGCACGUCAUCGGAGCAACUCACUUCAUUCCUCGGCUCGCUUUGGCACAUACUGCCAUGACAGUCCGAUACCGGUAGCCAACUGCUCUAACUUGAAUUAUGGCGAGGAACAACUCCAUUGUACUAUAGUUUGCUUUUUUUAUAGUAGAAGUUGUUGACUAC